AUGUUCAGGAAGAUAAAUAAUGUGUUCCGGCCCAACCACGGUGGACAGAAGGGGCGGGAUGAUGGUGGGUUUCGGUCCGAGCAGGACUACCACAGCGCUUGCACCGUCAGGCUGGUACGCAGCACCUCCAUGUUAGUGGUGGGAGAGAAAACUCAAGCGGCCGUGGGCUCGACUUUAAAACGGAGCAAAAGCACAGUGAGCAUCGAGUCGACCCUGUACUAUUAUCAGAGACAGGAGGACAGGAUAUGGCUUUACUCUCAGAACCAGAACUGUCUGGAGUACUUGGAAGCACUUGUGGCUUUGAGGAGGCAAUACACAAAGAGUGUCAAUGACUUAAAAAGUAACGACACGAAGGCCACUGUGUCCUCAAAGAAGAAGCCUGCACCCCCACCACCCAAGAAAGACUUGAUAUCAAGAGCCAGACCCUCCACCCCUCCGGCCCCCAGCGAGCUGGACACUUUGCAGUUUUUUGAUGAGGUGAUAGCGAGCUGCGACAGCGAGCCUCUCCGCAAACCUUACAUGGAUGAUGGACAUGCUGACGUGGACUUCAUAGUGGCCUCCAGCUCUGCGGAACACGACCUGCACUCUAACUGGGUUUUGCGGGUUCCUCGGGCCACAGAUGACUCCAAGCAGAAAGAAGCUCAUGUCUGUGCCAAUGAAAGUGUCCUGAACAAGAAAAACCCAAGUGGGUCCACAAGCAGCAGACUGCGGCUGCAGAGGAACCCAAUCCAUCUGCCCAAAGUGGUGCAGAGCGCAUUCCAGACUCUGCGCUUCAAGCCCAAAUUAAAAAAGCAGUGA